AGUGCUGGCUGAAGAAGUCUGCAAGGAGGGGGCGAGCAAGGAGAAGCCGGAGUCAGAGACACCUCCGCCGGCCCUCGCUGCGAGCGCCCGAACGACCGCGCGAUGACGGCCGGGAGCCCCGGAGACCGCGGCGCGCGCAGGAGCCCCGAGGGCCGCGUCUCACGCCUGGGCCGCCGCCUGGGCCGGCGCCGGCGGCCGCGCUCCCCGCCAGAGCCGCUGCGGGUGCGGGCCCGGCUGCGGCUGCGCUCGCCGUCGGGGGCGUUCGCGGCGUUGGGCGCGCUUGUGGUGCUGGUGGGCAUGGGCAUCGCCGUGGCGGGCUACUGGCCGGGCCGCGCCUCCCACGCCCACGUCCCGAGGACCGGCCGCGCGCACGGGCCGCACGAGCGCCUGCGGCUGCUGGGGCCGGUAAUCAUGGGCGUCGGCCUGUUCGUGUUCAUCUGUGCCAACACGUUGCUCUACGAGAACCGCGACCUGGAGACCCGGCGUCUCCGCCGGGGCGUGCUGAGGGCGCAGGCGCUGCGGCCGCCCGACGGCCCCGGCUGGGACGCACUGCUGCCCAGUCCCGCGCACGGGUCUCCGGGCGCCGUCGCGGAACCCGAGACUUGGGACCUGGCCCCGAGGAGGGGCCCGUCGCCGGUCCCGUCGGUGCGCAGCCUGCGGUCCGAACCUGCCAACCCUCGCUCGGGGCUGCCCGCGCUGCUCCACAGCUACCCGUUGAAGGGUCCCGGGCUGCCACCACCCUGGGGUCCUCGGACUCAGACUGGACAUGUGAUCAUCACGGUGCAGCCCUCUGGUUCCUGCAUCGAGCACUCCAAGUCUCUGGACCUGGGCCUGGGGGAGCUUCUCCUGGGGGCCCCAGCAGCUCGGGACUGUGCCCACCGAAGCUGGCCACGGCUGGACCGACUUAGUUUGGGGGGCUAUGCCAAAUUAGGAGGGGACUUGGGGGCCCGUGUCUGAGGUGCAAGGUUUAACCUGCUGUGAGGCUAUCAGUGUGGACCAUGGGACCGGGACACUAGAAGUCCAGUGCCCAUAGCUGCUCCAGUCACUUCCGAGGCUAGGGUGGAUGUUGUGGGAGCAGCCACUAAAGCUCCUGACCUGCAUGUGUAGAGCAGUGCCAGCUGCACAGAAUGAGCUCCAGGGGCAUGUGUUAAUGUGGACACCAGCAUGAUUCAGCCUCAGGAAUUUCUCCAGCCCAUGUGGCCUUAGCCCAGGACCGGUACCAGAAGGGCUGCAGAGUAGGCCAAGAGCAUCCUGAGACGCACGGGGUACCUUGGCAAACAACAGUGGUAGGUUGGGAUGUCCCCAGGCUGGGACAGGCUCCCUCUAAGAUGGCAGUCGUGAUGGAAAUGGGACCACCAGAGGAAGGUGGGCAAUGAGGGGGAAUGAGACCCACUGCAGCUGACUGGGGCAGUGACUGCACCUCUAACUGCCACCAUCUCAAGUCCGUUCUUCCUUCAGCCAAGGGGCCUCUGUCCUGGCAGGGCUAACUACUGCCAAAGUCCUGACCCUGGGAUCAGACUGCCUCCCUGGAGACAGGUCUCACUUGUCUGGCUGUGCUGCAAAGCCUCCCCCAGCUGGCAGAGGGCACCCUCCAGUCCUCAGCAGUUCCUUCCCACUGCACCUUGGCCAGUGGGUGGCUUACUACUCUGCAGUGGCUUCCCUCUCCUCCCCAGGUUUAACUUCCCCACGCUUUAGUUAGAAGAGACGCUUUAGUUAGAAGAGAACUUUAAAAGUGGAUCAAUCCUCGCAGUCGGGUCUUUUUUUUUUUUUUUUAAGUUUAUUGAAAAAUGCCAUACAAGAAGCAAGACCAAACACUUACCUAAACACUACAGCCACAUCUGUCACUACAAAGGCGCAGACAGCAGGCCCAGUUACUGCCUAUCUCACCUAAGGGAGGGGUUUUUCGGCUGGACUCCGCCGGCAUAGUUCCUAUUUUGUCAAAUGUAAACAACUACUUGAUAUGAUUCAUAAUUUUAAAAAAAUUUACAAAGCUCCUUCAUUUUUGUCAUGAAAAUAAUAUAUCUGAGAGAUUUGUAAAAACAACCAGCCUAGGGCUGGUAUUUCCCAUGAGCAUCAGGGUGCUGGCCAGGCUGUAGCCCCAGCUCCAUUCCUCAAAGUGGGCCAGGGCUCCCAGACCCCGAAUACACUGCUGGCCUUGGGGAGGGCCCCCGGAGUCAGCCUCCUUGAGCCCUCAGUUUAGGAAUAUAGGGCUUGCUUUGUGGGUGGGUGGCAGAGAUCUCAUGUGGUUUGAAGGAAAUCUACUUCUGAAGUAAAAAUAAAACUGCAGUUGGGAUUGUUA